CACUGAGAGAACAGGUGCGGGAAGAGACGUGCGCUUUGCGCACCGCACGCGGAGAAAAAAAAAGAAAAAAAAGAAAGAAAACACGCAUCGACUGAAUUUAUGCGACUCAAGUAGAAACGAACCAAAAGAGGGAGUCCAGACAGCAUAAGAGGCUUUGCUGGACGGACAAUAUCCCCGCAGACCGUGGACUGUACUCGGCUCAGAGAUGGACUCGAACUUAGGUUUACAGACGUGCUGCAGCCUCAGUUGGUCCAGUUUUGAUUCGGUGGUUAAUUAUCGCGCGCUCGGUCAUGUCGUCCACGUUCAACACGUUGCCUGAGCGCGAGGCUGCGGCGGGUCACCGGUUCACUCCAGCCAUAAUUUAGGAUGACACCGCCUGGUCAGACCUGCACCGUCUUGCCCCCGUUUCCUCGCCCCGUCUCCAGAGUUCACACACCUCAUUAGCAGCCGGGGGGGCUACCGACCGAGCGCCAGCGUCUCCGUGCGGCUGACACCCCGGCGAGGCGAUGCGGCGGUUCGUCUACUGCAAGGUGGUGCUGACCACCUCUUUAGUGUGGGUGCUGGUGGAUGUGUUUCUGCUGCUGUACUUCAGCGAGUGCAAUAAAUGCGACGACAGGAAGGACCGCUCGCUGCUGCCCGCACUCAGAGCAGUGAUAUCUCGGAGCCAUGAGGGUCCGGGCGAGAUGGGCAAGGCGGUGAACAUCCCCAAGGAUGACCAGGAGAAAAUGAAGGAGCUCUUUAAGAUUAACCAGUUCAACCUGCUGGCCAGCGACAUGAUAGCGCUCAACCGGAGUCUGCCAGAUGUGAGGUUAGACGGCUGUAAAACCAAGGUGUACUCGGACGACCUGCCCAACACCAGCAUCGUCAUCGUGUUUCACAACGAGGCGUGGAGCACCCUGCUGCGGACCGUCCACAGCGUCAUCACCCGCUCUCCCAGACACCUGCUGGUGGAGGUCGUGCUCGUCGACGACGCCAGCGAGCGAGACUUCCUGAAAAAGAAGCUGGAGAACUACGUGAGGACCCUGGAAGUGCCGGUGAAGGUCCUGAGGAUGGAGCAGCGCUCGGGUCUGAUCCGAGCCAGGCUGAGGGGGGCGGCAGCCACCACAGGGCAGGUCAUCACCUUCCUGGACGCGCACUGCGAGUGUACUGUCGGUUGGCUGGAGCCCUUGAUGGCUCGGAUCAAAGAGGACAGGACCGCAGUGGUGUGCCCCAUCAUAGACGUCAUCAGUGAUGAGACGUUCGAAUACAUGGCCGGCUCAGACAUGACUUACGGUGGAUUCAACUGGAAGCUGAAUUUCCGUUGGUACCCUGUUCCCCAGCGGGAGAUGGACCGACGCAAAGGGGACCGGACACUUCCUGUCAGGACUCCAACUAUGGCAGGAGGUUUGUUUUCUAUCGACAAAACAUAUUUUGAAGAAAUUGGAAGCUACGACCCAGGGAUGGAUAUCUGGGGUGGAGAGAACCUGGAGAUGUCUUUCAGAAUCUGGCAGUGUGGCGGCUCUUUGGAAAUUGUUACGUGUUCACAUGUGGGCCAUGUUUUCCGGAAAGCCACGCCGUACAGCUUCCCUGGAGGGACGGGCCAAGUCAUCAACAAGAACAACAGGCGGCUGGCUGAAGUGUGGAUGGAUGAUUUUAAAGACUUCUUCUAUAUCAUAUCACCAGGCGUAAUGCGGGUGGACUAUGGCGACGUCUCUUCCCGCAGGGCCCUCCGCGAUGCCUUGAAGUGCAAACCGUUUUCCUGGUAUCUAGAGAACAUCUACCCAGACUCCCAGAUCCCGAGGAGAUACUACUCACUUGGUGAAAUCAGAAAUGUUGAGACAAACCAGUGCCUGGACAACAUGGGAAGAAAGGAGAACGAGAAGGUGGGCUUCUUCAACUGUCAUGGGAUGGGCGGAAACCAGGUGUUCUCCUACACUGCAGAUAAAGAAAUCAGGACAGAUGACCUCUGUCUGGACGUCUCCCGUCUCAACGGACCCGUCGUCAUGCUCAAGUGUCACCACAUGAAGGGCAAUCAGAUGUUUGAGUACGACGCAGAGCGACUCACUCUGCUGCACACAAACAGCAAUCAAUGCCUGGACAUGCCGUCCGAGGAGGACAAGAUGGUCCCCACCCUGAGAGACUGCAGCGGCGGCCGCUCGCAGCAGUGGCUGCUCCGUAACAUGACCCUGAGCGUCUGAUCCCUCACCUCACCGCUCCUCCCCCCCUCUGCACCUUCCUCCUAACCAGGCAUGGCUCUCCUCACAGUCACCAGGUGGCUUUUAACACACACACACACACACACACACACACACACACACACACACACACACCCCGCCUCUUGCUACGACGGCCCAGGCAACAAACACAAGGAUCCGGCGGUCAGUGGCUUAUCUUCCAUUAAGGAGGCGUCUCCUCUUACAGCUCGCCAAAAGGUCCGGGAGGAGCCGCACCUGCCAUUUUGACAAGGCGACACGCUGUAGCUUUGGGGACCUCGUCACACCCUCGCCGGGGACGACUCCGUGUGGGGUCUGUGAAUGGAGAGCACUGAUAUCAAAGCGGCGGCGGCGGCUCUGUGUCGGACGCCCGCCGAGCCGCUCAGACCUCCGCUUACCCGCCAGGACAAACUAUUAAACAAAGGCGCUUACAUUGCAUUGUAAGUCACGUCUCCGCGACGGUCUGCUGAUGUUCAGGACCGUCCAGACGGCGCAUCUGUGUACCUGCUGCAGGUACAACCUGGAAACAUGUCAGCCGGUCGCUGUUUAUCCUGUUCCCAUAUGUGUCUGUUUUGUUCAAACACAAAGGAGGUCAUGCUGAUAAGAGAGCCUGACCGUGACUGGAUUUGUGAAGCAGAAUCUGAUGUUGAUAUCUGGGAGUUUGGAAAGAAAAAGAUGCUGAAGUGGAGGAAUUCUGCAUAUCAUUCACAGGUGUCUGAACGCGUUUUUAGUAAAUGUGACGACACCGCAAGCUGCUUGUCGGGGAUUUCAAACGCUGGCUGACGGUAUUGAUAUACAUAUAUUGACACUGUGUCAUCUAUUUGUGGUGCGUUAAUGAGAAAAGAGCAUCACGUAACAGUAUCACCUCACAGGAUAACCCCCCCUCCUCUGAGAGAAAUUAACAUGCUGUAGCAUCCGUGGAUCAAAACGUGUUUCUACUGAUUGUCAUCAGUUUGUAUUCAACUUGAGAAAUUAUGGUUAACAGUUAUGGAAGUUAAAUCUAGUCACACUGGAAGUUAUUAAUAUAAGCUGGGAUUAGUUGUUAUUAAUUACAGCAUUGGUCAAAUAGGUUUCCGAAAUAUUCUGAAGAGGCAUAUUUCAGUUGAGCUGAAUGGAUUUUUUAUUUUUUUUUGCUGUUGGUCAUGUUGUGUUGAAGGUUUCGAGAGAAA